AUGUUGCGCCUCGGUACGUGGCUGGCGCUGGCCAUCCUGAUGGCCAGUCCGAGGCCCGGUGUGGACGGAUACGAGCCCAAACGCAUCCGCAAGGUCGCCGACUUGCGCGAUAACAUGUACCCGGUGAUGGGGCACUGGCCGUGCGUGCUACUGCUGAACGCCACGGGCUCCGCGGGAUGCUCGACGCGAGAGCCCGUGUGGGCCACACUGCAGCGAUGCGAGGACAUGGGGUGCGUGCGGUCCAUCGCGGGUGACAGAACCCUGCUGCUGCCUCCGUCCGUGUUCCCCAGGGCGAUGCGCGAGUACCUCGACGGCUCGGCGCCCGUGGACGAGGGUUGGCGCGGACGGGUGAGGGGGAUGCUGGUGGAGGUGGGCGACGGCGCGGGGUUGAACGCGACGGACCUCGGCGACGCGAGCUUCUCGCCGCAGCCCGCGUACCCCCAGGCGGAGCUUCGCCCGGCGAACGAUCCCGGCACGCACCAGUGGAACCCGCACGGAUUCGGCGCCACGGACCGACGAUUCGAGGACUUCCCGAUCGCCCUCCUGGACUUCGAGGGGACGGACCUGGCGAGGACCUUCGCGCGGGUGAACCACGAGACCGAAUACGUCAAACCCGACAGGGUGGCCAGCGCGGAUUUCCUGAUGCAGUCGGCGCUGUCGUCGAAGCAGAAGCUCGGGGUGCCGAAGGUCACGGAGGAAAACUCGGCGUACUGCCUCGCCGCGCGCGCGUGCCUACCGAUCGGGGGUUACUCCGUCAUCGCAACCUCUCCACCCCGCGCCAGCCCGCCCGUCCGGUCCGACGACGACGGCGACGCGCGGGCUCGCCCCGGACGACGGACCCCUUUCGUGCUGGUGAGCGCGAGGCUGGACGCGACGGCGAUGUUUCACGACGUCGCGGCGGGCGCCAACGCGGCGAUGAGCGGGCUCAUCGUCCUCCUCGCAGCCGCCGAGGCGUACGCCGCGGCGCUGCGUGCCGCGGAAGCGGCGGUCGCACCCGGCGAGGCGAAAGCGACGCCGGCGAAGCGCGUGGCGUUCGCGGCGUUCGCGGCGGAGGACUGGGGAUACGCCGGGUCCAGGCGGUUUCUGUGGGAACUCGCCGGCGGGGGCGCCGACGCCGGCUUCGGGGCCGCGAACGUUGGCGACGUCCUCGGCCUGGGCGACGUCGACGCCGCGAUCGAGUUGGGCGCGAUUGGACUCGCCCAUCGAAGGAUUCCACCCGACGUCGCGUCCCCCGCGGUGUUCGUGCACGCCGCUCCCGGCGUCGGCGGCGCCGGGCUGGCCGACGCGAUUAUCAAAACCGGCGCGGACGUCCCCGGCGUCUCGUUACGGAGGUCCGCCGACGGCGUACCGUUCCCGCCCUCGUCGACGUUCUCGCUGCUCAGACGGGACGCGGCCAUACCCGCGGCGGUGCUCGCCGAGUACGACGACAGGUACAUCGAUCCGUUUUACGGCGGCGCGUUUGAUUCGGGCGUGGACGCCGUGGACCCGGCGCGGAUGGCCCGCGUCGCCGUCGUCCUCGCGAAGACGCUGCUCAACGUCGCGGCGGGGUUCCCUCCCGGGUCGGCGCAGCUGGCGAGAGCGACGGAAGGCGUGGACGGGGCGGGCGUGGACGCCACGACGCGCGAGCUGGUGACCUGCCUCGUGGACCCCGCCGUGGGUUUCGACUGCGACAGGGCGAGAGCUCUGUUCUCGCACGCGACGGGGCGGUGGAGCAGCAGGUACGCGGGCGUAUUACCAGGCCUACUAGCCAAGGACCACCAAAGCCCGCUGGGCAAGUCGGACGUCCAGAGGUUCGCGUGGAACUUUCUGGCGAACGCCACCGCGGACCGCCACCUGAGCUCGUUCAAAUCGUGCGCGUCGCAGGAGGAGUGCGGCGGCGGCGGCGGCGGCGGCGACGUCGCGGAGGUUUGCGUCGGCGCGACCGGCGAUCGCGGCGGGUUUUUCGGCCGGCAGGAGCGACUUCGCUCGAAGCGCCGGCGGCUGAUCGAACGGGACGAGCGCCGCGGGGACGCGUCGCGGCUCGGCGCGGACGACGGAACGAGCGCUUUGUAUGGGCAAUUAGACGGGGACGACGGAACGAGCGCCGAGCCGGGGGCGUGCGUCGCGGCGAGCGUCGGGUUCGUUCCGGCUCUGUCGCACAGGCUCGCCUUCGACGCGACCGAGCUGAUCUGGCGUCUCGGGGCGACCGAUCCGACUGAGCUCGCGCUGGGCGGUGGGGAGGAUCCCGUCUGGACCGAGAGCAACUGGCCGGGAUCCGUGGGCAUCACGGCCACCGUAUAA